AUGGAGGAUACGGAUAUGAAUGACUCUGCCGUUCUUGUCAGUCCUCCUCAUACAAGUACUACCUCAAGUUCUCUACUAACGCAAGAUGAAAACGAAUUGGAUACACGUGAUGACUUUCCAAUGGAACUUGACUACAAUGAUAAUAAUUCCGUUACCGAUGAUAAUGAUUGCAUUGGUGAUGACUCCGAUGAUGAAGCUUCUUCCAACGAAUAUCAAGAUGAACCUUCGUUCCAUGAAUCUGAAUACCGAGAUGAAGCCUCUUCCAAUGAAUCUGAAAGUCGAGAGCCAUAUGAUUCUCAAACAAAUUAUGGUAAAGACUUGGCUGAAUACAUUCCCGGGUUAUAUCGUCUGUUAGACUUAUGUAAAGAUGAUGGUACGAAUGGAUUUGUAGAUAAAAUAACUAUCUCGAGGGAUUAUUUAGAGAAACUAUGCAACAAUUAUGUUCCAUCAAGUUUCAAAACUAUUUCUGAAAUUGAUUUUACGAAAUUAAAUUCAAUCUCGAUUCACCUUAUUGGAUGUUAUGGAAAUCACGCUUUAAUUGCGGGGCUCCUAAAGAAAAAAGGAAUUAUUGAUCAACAAAUACAUGACGCGCUCGUUGCAUCGAAUUCUUCAGACAAUACAAAUAAAUCGUCUUUACGUCCUGGUAUUUACUUGCUGGUUGUAAGUUCAGACUUGGGUUUGGUAAUCCAUUGGCCGGAAGUAGGAUGUUACGAGGAAAAUGCUUCCUCGCAAUGUAAAAAGAAUGCGACUAACCUUCAUAGAUAUUUGACAAAGCUUACUGACCAUCAGCUUUGUCUUAUGGACGGUAAAGAUUUGGAAAGUUUUGAUUGGAACUUGGACAGUUCUGAUAAAUCCGAUAGGGAUUCCGACGAUGAGAAUGGAUCACAUUAUAAAUUUGAGGUGAAAUUAAUUCAAGAAGAACAGGAAAACUUUAAACUUCAACCCGGCUUCAAGUUGGAUUUACCAAGCAAAGUAAAGAACGAAAUAGUUAAUCACGCUCAUGAUGAUAUUCCUUUGUAUCCUAUUGUCGUCGAAUCUUCUACGUGUCGUUCGUUUGCUACUCGUCAAUUAGCCUUUCGAUUAUGUACAUCCACCCCAACUAUUCCUCAAAUUGACUUUGCUUGUGAACUACAGAAGAAGUUACGGAAUCGAACUUUACGUUUCGAUCGCGAAAAAAUGAACAUGAAAUCAUUAGAGAUUUUGAUCAAGCAUGGAUUAAGUAUGGAAGAUGAACUUCUAAGUCAAUUACGUAAUGCCAUUGCAGUUGCAAAGUUGCGAUUUGAAAAAAAGAAGGAUCAAGAAAGGAAUGCCAUAAAAAAGGAUACUGAAUUGAUUUCGAAUCUGGCAUGGGAAAAAUUACGCUCCUGUUAUAGUCAAUUUGAAGAGAUGAUUGACUCCUCUUCGCAAGCAAUUAUAAGUGACUAUGAUUUAGUACGAAUCCGUUCGAAUUAUCCAAAGAUUGAUGAACAAAUUGAUGAAAAGAUCGAUAUCAAUUCCAAAUCUUGGAUUAGACUGAAAAGAAGAUACUAUUUAAACAUGAUAAUUAUUGUUGAAGUAUAUCAAUUUAUUAAAAGUAAUGGAUCGUGUAAUGAAGCAAUUACAGAAUCCGCGAUUCAACUUUUUUAUGCUAUGUUCAUGGAUGGAGAAAAUGAUGCGCAUAAGUUAAUAAGUAAAUACGAGGAGAAACUAACUUCGCUCGCUUGCAAGUUGCCAACCUUUUUUGCCGGUAUCUCUUUCACACCUGAAAACAUUAAUCGAUUUGUUGGAGAUUCGAUUAAGAGGGCCCAAGAUACGACAGAUAUCAGAUUCAUACAAGAAUUUAUGAAUUUAGAAUUCUUUGAUGGAUUUAAUGGGAUCAAAAAUAAAGUCGUGGUUGCCUUCUUUGAAGAAUACCAAAAAUGGAGAAAAUCCGUUUUUCCGAGUAACAUUAAAGAUAUUCUGCCAAAAUCUUCCAUCAAUAAACAAGUGUUGGAAAAGUUAAAUUACGAAUACGAAAAGGAAGUACGAGAAAUACAAGCUCGUGAAUUUCAACGAAUUUGCGAUGUAUUAGAAGAAAAAUAUAGAAAUGGAUUUAUGAAAUUGAAUAUCAUAAAUGUUACAGAAUCUGAGAGUGGAUUUCGAUUCCAUCAUGAAAUUGAAGAAAUUCUGACGGAACAACUACAUGUAACAAUUUAUGAAACUUCUUUAGACCAAUCAGAUACGCAUCGACUUCAGGAAGAUGAAUUUCAUGUUCCAGAUAUAGCUUUGAAGCGUGGUCAAGAAGUUGCAUCAUUUCACCUUGAUCCACGAGUUUACGACAUUAGGAAUAUAUCUCAAUUUGAAAAUCGUAAAUUUCUUCUCGUGCUUUACAAUAAAAAAUCGCAAAAAAUUGAAAUUUUCCUCGACACUGCCGAGCGGUUGGCACAAAACUUUAAAUCAAAGAGUUCAUUUAAACCAAUUAAAACGUUGAGUGUGGAAGAUAAAUUUCUUAUUGCAAUUAAUGAUUCAAAGAAAUUAAUUGCAAUUUAUCAUACAAAAAAAGCUGAGUUGGAUGUAUUUAAUUUUAUUGAGGGGCAAGCCAUGUAUCCACGAAAUCCGAAAAUCCAGUUAAAGCAUUGGUAUAAUAAUAAUGCUCCGACCAUUCAACACUUCUUAUUCAUCAACAGUACCGAAGAACUUUGCUUUGUUGAAAGAAGCGGACGUACACGCAUAUUCAAUCUUAUCAAUCAACAAUUUCGACCAACAACUUGUGACCUUCCAUCUGAUGCCGCAAAAAUUUUAAGUUCUCCCGAUGGUUCAUGUAUCGUAGCAUUCGUAAGAGAAAAUUCGGGACCUAAGACACCUUACGUUGAUGAUAAUACUGAUAGUGAAUAUACCGAUAGCGAAGAUGAUGGCACGGUUGCGCUUACCAACAAAGCUAAAGAAAUAUGUCGUGCUUAUGUUUAUUUUUGUUCGACUUUCGGAUACUCCAACUAUAAAGUUAUUAACUUACCGCCUACCCUUCAAUCCUUGGAGUUCCUACAAUUUAGUUGUAUAAAUAAACUACAAACCCACUUGAUGUCACUUGAUUUAAAAAAUGGACGUUUCAGCUCAUCAAUAGUUAAAAUUACGCUCGAAAAAACUCAAUAUCGUUUUCAGAAGCAAAAACAGACACUCGGAUCUGCGAGGUUAAUUGAUUCUAAUAACGAUUAUGCUCAUAUUGAAGGAAGGAAUACUCAUUUUCAAUCUGAUCAAAAAGUUCAAAAAGGAGAAUAUAUUGUGUUAAUGGGUGAAAGGUUCAAGGUGAUCGAUGUUAUUUCGGAUACCAUGUUAAGAGUUACCGGCAAUUUUAAACCUACGAGCAAAUUUAAUAGUUGGACUGAAUUCCGUAUUGAACCCAAAACAAAAUUAAAUGGUCUCAUCGAUGCCUAUAAACUGAUGUUUGAGAAAUAUCCAGUUGAAAGUUAUGUUGAUCCCGAGCAAGAUCGUUUUAUCAAUUUGAAAAUCGUUCUCGAUAUUGAUGAUGAUGAAGUCGAAAAUUAUUGCGAGAAAUUUGAGAGUUACAUUACCGAAACUUUUGAAGGUUUGAAACGUACUACAAAAAAACCUACCUCAAUAUUAAAGAGAUUUUCCACAUCUGUCAUACCUUUCCAAGAGCUUCAUAUUGAGCAUUUGACGAGAUAUUCAUCAAAUUACAAAUUAGGAGAAUGGAUCAUUCAACUUUGUUGUUUAAUUCCUAUACAAAUUGCGAUAGCAAGAAAUAAUUUAUUUCAACCGCUUAGGGAUGGAUUGGCUUCAAAUGAUAUGGAACAUGAUGAUGGUUCUGGUCAUCAUGUGGAUAGCAUAGCAAAGAAUAUUUCUUUUGGAUGGUAUGAAGGAAUAUUUAAGUAUUUUGGUGAUAAAAAAGUAAAAGUUGUUUCUAGUAUGGGUGAACAAUCGUGCGGAAAAUCCUUCAUGUUAAAUCAUCUAGUUGGAACUACCUUCGACGGCUCCGUAAUGCGUUGCGUUGAUGGAGUAUGGAUGUCAUUAGUUAACACCAAGGACUAUAUUUAUGUUACACUUAAUUUUGAAGGGUUAAAGUUUCUCGAAAAAAGUUCACAAGAAGAUAUGUUUUUAACACUUUUCAAUACGGUGAUAUCAAAUCUUAUACUCUUUAAGAAUAAAUUUACCGUAAAUAAGGAUAUGUCUUCAAUCUUUCAAAGAUUUCAAGAUGGCGCAAUGUUAUUUGAUCCAGAUCCAAAAAUAUUUCAGGCAAGGCUUUGUAUCAUCAUAAAAGACGUGCCUAAGGCCGACAAAGAAGACAUUGUUAGGGAAUUUCAGUCAAAAAUUUCUCAAUUGGUUUCUGAGGGGGGUAAAGAUAACUUUAUUUCAAGGAUGUACAAAGGAGGACUGGAUAUCAUUCCUUGGCCAAUGUUUAAUGACGCUGGAUGGUUUAAAACCUUAUCUAAUGUUAAUAAAGAUUUAGAGAAACAGAAAGCAAAAUAUGAAAAUGCGCGAACCUUCUUACAAAAUACAAAGUUGAUCAUGGCUAAAUUGAAGAUAUGUGAUUGGGGUUCGUUAGAUGAAAGCCUCAUACAAAUUCGCGUCGCAACAUUAAAAGGAUUACUAUCAGUCGCUGUUUCUUAUGGUUUAGAACAAAAAUCUCCUGAUUUCGAACCUCUCAAAAACCACGAUACCGGAGAGCCAAUUGAAGACCAAAUAGACAAAUUUUCCACGAUUUUAUUUGACUUCAAUGGAACUGAUGAUGAAAUAUUAGCAGAUACUGAUAUUCAAUUAUAUGAAGACAGCUCAUCUUUUGUCGAACUUUCUGAAGAUUUAAGAGAGUACUUCGGAACUUACGUCCAACCACGAGAAGUAUCUUCCGAUGACACGAAAUGGUUCCAAAAUUUAAAUAAUUUCUUUAGAUAUGUCGUUGAGCGUCGCGUUGAUCGUGUCACUGAUUGGUAUAGGCAAAAUACUACCAAUUUUCCACAAGAUAACAGUGAUAUUGUUAACGGAAGGUUUGCAAUGGAGCAGGAAUUAAACAACCUUAUGCGUUUGUGGACAUUGUGCGGAUUGACAUGCUAUCAAUGUGGCUUAAAAUGUGUUAAAAAUCGUGAACACGAAGAUGAACAUGAUUGUUUGACAGAUCAUAAGUGUCAUUUCAAUUGCCAGUUUACUGAACAACAUAACCUUAGAUUAAUUCCGUCAUGUAAUUACAAAGCUGGACAUGAAGGCAUGCACGUUUGUAGUAAAAUAAAAAUUCAUUUAUGUGGUCAAAAAUGUAGUCUUCACAAUAAGCGUAAUUGCCUAAAAGUUUGCGCAAAAAAAAUUGGACAUCACGAUGAACAUAUUUGUCAAUCGACACGUCAUUUUUGUGAGGAAAAUUGUUCAUUGUCAACAAAAACUCACAAAGGAGUAGUUUAUAAGUGUCCUAACAAAUGUAUUGUUCCAUGUGAAGAUCAACACGAAACGCAUCGUUGUGAAGAUGUAACGUGUCCGAUUCAGUGUCCUUUUCCAAAUUGCAAGAAAAAAUGCCAAAGCAGUGAUCAUUUCCAUUCAAAUUCUAAAUCACGAGUGGAUCACUUUUGUGGGGAUGAACAUCAAUGUCGUGAGUUAUGCGAAGAAUCUGGUAUAUGUAAGGUAGUAAUUGCCAAGCAAGGAGUUAAUAAAGAAUCUGAAAAAGAAUCAUUUACGAAGUAUGUUCAAUCAAGUGAAAGAUUAAAAUGCAUUAAAAAAAUUCCUCAAAAUGAAUUUAAGCACCCCGGAAAACACUCUCAUGAAGAAGAUGGUUUUCAUUUUUGUGACGCAAAGUGUCAAUUCUGCGAAUGUUUUUGUACAUUGCCUCAUGGGCACACGCAACUUCAUGAUACCAAACAUGGAAAUAUGAUACCAAACCAAUUCAGUGAUGACGAAGAAUAUGCAGGAUACAAAUCAAUUAAUCAAGGAAAAUUCGUCCCUUGCAACUUGUAUUGUAAAGAUUUAGGAAGACAUCGACAUGUUGAUUAUUGUCAAGACGAAAAGGCUUGUAAAUUAGGACAAGAUAUUCAGCAUAUUGAUAAUAAUGAAAAACCUAUUAAUGAUAAACCGCUAGAUUUCAUUUCUCAUAGGUUGUUCUGGGAACGUACAGAUCCUUAUUCUGUUCAGGAACAACAAGAGUUUGCAAAAUGUGAUCACGAAUGUUCCGAUGAAAAACAUUCUCAAGGGUCUACAAAUGCUCAAAUUAAGUCAUUUUGUGAAUUACCACUUUUCCAUGCUCCAUUCGAUCCAAGCUCAAACCCUCCAAAUAACUAUGGACAUAUAUCUUCAGAUGGGCAUUAUUAUAAUUGUGAAAAUCCAGAUACACGAGAAGCUGCCGCUUUUCAUAUUGUUUUUGUCUUGGAUCGAUCGGAAUCUAUGAGUUAUAAUGAUAUGAAGCCUUCACCGUGGACUUCUAUUUUUAAGGAAAUGAAAGCAAAUCAUAACAACAGACUCGGUGCAGCUUACAAUGCGGUAUACCAAUUUAUGGAAACACGUCUUACUUCCACUCAAGAAAACCAGAAUCAAUCGUCACCCACUUUGCGUGAUAGCAUUUCAUUAAUCCUGUUUGAUCAUAAUGUUAUCGUACCAUUUGAGAAUCGAAAUUUAACGGAAUCGGGAGCUUUAUUGAAAACAAUGCUUCAAUAUAAAACUGGUGGUGGAAAGAAUUUCGAUCUCGCAAUUAAGAAAGCUGGGGAUUUAAUCUAUUCUUAUUUUGAUCCUACAAAGACAAAUGUCAUUAUUCUCUUAUCUGAUGGAGAAUGUGGUAUUCCAACAACUCAACUUAAAAAUAUUUGUAAGACGAAUCAAACAAAAGGUUCCCCAUUAUAUCUCUAUACAGUAUCAAUUAACAACGAUUCACAAAGUCAACCAUUAGAAGAGAUGGCAAGGAUUGCACAAUCUUAUCAUCCUCCAAAUACUUCAUCCGGUGCUUUACGAUGUCAAUUUAUCCGUGCCACUAAUGAACCAAAUUUAGUUAAUCAUUUUAGCAGUGUGGCGGAAAGUUUAAAGAAACACACAUAA